CUGUCGUUCUCCAUUUCGCCACCAAAAAACCAAGAGAGAGAGAGAGAGAGAGAGAGAGAGAGAGAGAGAGAGGUGAGAGAGGAGAGCAGAGCCGGGGAGAUGGCGGUGGGGAGAGACAUAGACGAUCUUCCGAAGAACGACGCCAACUACACGGCGCUGACGCCGAUGUGGUUCCUGGAGAGAGCGGCUACGGUGCACCCCACCAAGCCUUCCUUGGUGCAUGGAUCUCGACGCUACACGUGGCUCGACACUUACCGUCGAUGCCGCCGAUUGGCCUCUGCUCUCUCCGCUCACUCCAUCGGCCUCGGUUCCACGGUAUCGGUAAUUGCACCAAAUGUUCCGGCCAUUUAUGAAGCACAUUUUGGCGUACCAAUGGCUGGAGCAGUGGUAAACUGCGUGAAUGUUCGUCUGAAUGCGUCAACCAUUGCAUUCCUUCUCGGCCAUUCUUCAUCCGCAGCUGUGAUAGUGGAUCAAGAGUUCUUUUCCUUGGCUGAGGAAGCCUUGAAAAUCUUAACGGAGAAAAGCAAGGGCCAUUACAAGUCUCCGCUUCUCGUUGUCAUAGGCGACGAGGGCUGUGAUCCCAAGACUCUCGAGCACGCGCUGAGUAGAGGAGCCAUUGAGUAUGAGAAGUUCCUAGAGACUGGUGACCCUGAGUUUGCUUGGAAGCCACCAGAGGAUGAGUGGCAGAGCAUUACCUUGGGCUACACUUCUGGCACAACAGCAAGCCCGAAGGGUGUCGUGUUGAGCCACCGUGGGGCAUACCUGAUGUCGUUGAGUGGAGCCCUUGUUUGGGGGAUGAAUGAAGGAGCAAUAUACUUGUGGACUCUACCAAUGUUCCAUUGCAAUGGUUGGUGCUACCCUUGGACUCUAGCUGCUCUUUGUGGCACAAGCAUAUGCCUUAGACAGGUUACAGCAAAGGGAGUUUAUUCAGCCAUAGCCAAGCAUGGAGUGACUCACUUUUGCGCGGCACCAGUGGUGCUCAACACCAUAGUCAAUGCGCCACCGGAGGAGGCAAUCCUUCCUCUCCCUCACACCGUGCACGUAAUGACAGCCGGUGCUGCCCCACCCCCAUCCGUCCUCUUUGCAAUGUCUGAGAGGGGCUUCAAGGUGGCCCACACUUAUGGUCUCUCCGAAACGUAUGGCCCUUCCACCAUAUGUGCCUGGAAGCCUGAAUGGGACUCACUUCCUCCCGAGACACAAGCCCGUUUGAAUGCACGCCAAGGUGUCCGGUACAUUGCCUUGGAAGGUCUUGAUGUCAUCAACAGCCGAACAAUGCAACCCGUCCCUGCAGAUGGAAAGACCAUCGGAGAGAUCAUGAUGCGCGGGAAUGCUGUUAUGAAGGGCUACUUGAAGAAUCCGAAAGCCAACGAGGAAACUUUUGCCAACGGGUGGUUUCACUCGGGAGAUCUUGCUGUGAAACACCCUGAUGGGUACAUAGAAAUCAAGGACAGAUCAAAGGACAUCAUCAUCUCUGGGGCUGAGAACAUAAGUAGCGUGGAGGUUGAGAACAUCAUGUAUUUGCACCCUGCAAUACUAGAGGUGUCUGUGGUGGCCAGGCCCGACGAGCGGUGGGGCGAGUCUCCUUGUGCCUUUGUGACACUGAAGCCCAAUGUAGACAAAUCGAAUGAGCAACAUUUAGCAGAAGAUAUCAUGAAGUUUUGCAGGUCCAAAAUGCCUGCCUAUUGGGUUCCCAAAUCUGUGGUAUUUGGGCCAUUGCCAAAAACCGCAACCGGGAAAAUACAGAAGCAUUUGUUGAGGGCCAAGGCUAAAGAAAUGGGGCCUCUCAAGAAGAGCAAGUUAUAAUAAAAUCAAUCAUGGUGACGAAAUAAAAAGAGAGUAAUCUUCAUAAUAACAAUCUUUAUCUUUGUUAUUUAUGUCCUUGUUAGACAAUGUAUGAGACCUUGUAAUCUACCUUAAUGUAUUAAAGCUUUUGUUAUGAGA